CCUGCUCCAAGAUGCCGUUCGCGUUUGUUAUUGAGCAGAGUAUUUAAAUGUGAGGGGAAAUGUUGACAGUCGACGUUGGUAAAGUUGAGAAAGAGGGGCUUAUUUCCACUGUGAAACAGCUACAGCAGAAGACCCGUCCAACAUGUCAGGGGCUCACGAGCUGAACAGGAAGCGACGCCCCCCUAAAACGUUCAUGAUCUCGACCGACCUGCGGGUUCAGGAUCACCUGGAAGGUACCAUUCGGCUGCAGCGGGGGUUCAUGUGCCAGGAGCAAGACUUGGAGAAGAGCAGAGUGGACUACCUCUGGGUUAAAGUGUUAGACAACGGAGUCAUGGUGAAAAUUGAGAGGAAAUUCCUGCUUGACGUCCCCGCUGACCUCACCGGCCUGCUGGAGCCUGUGUUGGACCUGGACGUUCGACUAAACCUUCUAGGCAAUCCUGGUAAGCUGCAGCAUCUGGCUUCCCUGCCUGUUCAUGCCCCGCUGUGGGUCCACAUAGGCCAGCAGGACGAGCUGGCAGAGGCAGAGCUCAAGUACAUGGGGCCACUGACCAGAGGGAGCACUGCUGUGUUUUUUGGGGUGCAGCUGAAGGGCUCAGCUCAGGGAAAAGGCGUGAGCAACGGUUCCUAUAAGGGUCAUCGCUACUUCACAUGCCCCGAAGCCUGCGCCCUCUUCGUUCCAGUCAGUCACAUCAGGCUCCGCCAGUGGUCUCGCAACCAUAACUCCGAUGCACAGGAGAGAGCGCGUGACAGAGACCACCGUGGCAGCAGCAACCAACCCAGCAAUGGGCAUCGCAGCAAUAAUCACCAGCAGCACAGUCGUCACGUUAGCUUCCACCAGCAUCACAUAAGUGGCCCUCCUCCGCCUUUAAACGUCGUCCUCUCUCGAACUGCAGAGUCUUCACCCAUGACAAGUCAAAACCAAGUCCGAGUCCCUUUGUCGCCUCCCCCAUUCCUCAUUGGCCAAAGAGUGUGUUUCCCCAAAGAUGAUGCUAUGUAUGCAGGAGAGGUGCGCUUCUGUGGCGUCCUGCCUGGUCGGCCUUCGUUAGGAAUGCAUGUUGGCAUCCUUCUGGAUGCUCCUGUUGGUAACUGGGACGGAAAUUACAAGGGUGAGAAGCUCUGUCACAUUCCGGCUGAAAUAUAUGGACUACUGCUGCCAGUCAACAGGGUUUCUUCAGAACAUAAAUUGUACCACCACAGCCCUCCUCACCCACAACCCAAAUCCAUCCUGAAGCCAGUACUGUCCCCUGUAACUAAACCAGCCCCAGCAUCACCACCUGCUGCUACCCCCAGGACUGCUCCGCCCCCUCCUAAACAAGCACCUAAACCACCUCCUCUGCCUCCACCUAAACCUCCUCAGAAAGCUCAACCCCCUUUACCUCCUAUGAAACCCCAGAGCCCAGCCUCACCAACUGACUCCGAUCGGUCCUACCACACCAACGGCGUUCCCAGCCCUCCAUCCCCUCUCAGGACUCCAGAUAAGGGAGACAGUGCACGGGAGAAUGGAGAGGCAGGACUCUGGAGGGAGCUAGAGGUAGGGUCGAUGGUUGAAGUGAACGACCCACCGCUUUUUGGGGUCAUCUGCUGGAUUGGACAGAUAAGUGGCAUUUCAGAGCCAGUGGCUGGAAUCGAACUGGACAAGGAGCUGUCUGCUGGAACCGAUGGCAGCUAUCUUGGUGAGCGCCACUUCCGUUGCCCGGCCAACAAGGGACUUUUCGUCAAGCUGCGCAACUGCAGACGGGACUCCAGGUUCCCCGUCCCUGAGAAGCCUGUCAAUCAAGUGGAGCGCUGCAACUCUAUAGCCUUCGCAGAGUGGGGCAGCGAGCGUGUGGAGGAGCACACACCUCCAGUGGCCGGGGACGAGGCCAAGGAGCUCUACCAGGGCUGGAAGAGAGGGGAUCCAGGGACACCUCACUCCUGCUAUCUGGAUGCCACGUUGUUCAGCCUGUUCUCCUGCUGCAGCUCAGCAGACUGGGUGUUGUUUUGGCCGUCCGAUGCUGAAGCUGACGACAGCUCCAGUCAGGCUCAGGACCUCCUGCGCUGCGAUAUAGUCAACCCCAUGCGAAGGUACGGUUACGUGUGUGCCAGUAAGACCAUGGCUCUGAGACGACUGCUGGAAGCUGCCAACAGCAACACUGGCUUCACCAACCAGGAGAAAGAUCCUGAAGAGUUCCUCAACAAGCUUUUCCAGCUCCUCAAAGUCGAACCACUCCUCAAGAUCCGAUCGCUGACUCAGCAGCCUCAGGAGAGCCACCUCUACCAGCUCUUCCCACCGACUCUUCCUGCUUCCUGCUCUUCUUCACCUGUUUCCCCUCUUGGCUCACCGAUCCCCCUCACGUCGUCAUCGUCCAUGAGGGUCGCCAGUGUUCAGACCCUGCUAGAGUCCUCCUUCCUCCAUGCCGGGCUCAAGUUUGUCGAGGCUCCAUCUUGUCUGCUCCUGCUGAUGCCCAGGUUUGGGAAGGACUUCAAAAUGUUUUGAUGCCAUUUUGCCACCCUCAAUCUAGACAUAACAGACAUACUGGAUGACACUCUCAGACAGUGCAGUAUCUGCCAGGCUGUGGCUGAAUGGGAGUGUCUGCAGUGCUACGAAGAUUUAGACAUCACUCCCGGACAUCCUAAACAGUACUGUGAGACCUGCAAUACACAGGUCCACAGUCACAGGAAGCGUGUGUCUCACAGCCCAGUGGAAAUAGCCGUUCCUGAGGGCCCGUGGUCGGGCCCGCUGCACUGCACUCGCAGGAGAAUGUCUCUCUUUGCUGUGACGUGCAUCGAGACCAGCCAUUACGUGAGUUUUGUCAAGCAUGGGCCCCAAGUCACAGACUGGCUGUUUUUUGACAGCAUGGCAGACCGGGCAGGUGGUGAGAAUGGCUUCAACAUCCCGCUGGUGAAGGCGUGCCCAGAAGUGGGACGCUACCUCAGCCUGUCGGAGAGGAGGGCUGACAAAGUCAAUGCUGCAUCCUUACGGGAGUCCGUCCGUCGCCUGCUCUGCGACUCCUACAUGUGUCUGUACCACAGCCCGGAGCUCAGCCUAUACAAGUGAUGCGAGGAUGCAACACUUAUCAUGAUCCUACAGACUAAAAUCUGAAACAAACGUCUUGUCCUUUGGAUUCUGACCUUCUAAAACUGUCAGAUGGAAAAACUGCACUAGUAGUAGAAGACCCAGUCAUGGUCAAUGUUUUUGUUUUUGGAGAUAUAAAAAGUUCAUACACAAAGAAUGUAUUCAGGAUCCUGUUUGCACUUUUUUAUCUAUAAUACACAAUGAGGUUUUUCCAUAAACUCUGCCUUCAUGUUGUUACUUUUCAUGCAUUUUAAGGCAUUUGUCAACCCAGGAGUUCAGCAGCUUGAUCUUGCACCAAACUUGGUUUAACUGUUUGCCUAAAAUGUUGGAUGAGGAGCUGAGAACAGCCCACGGCCCAUACUGACCAAAUGUAAAGAUGACGAUAAGCUGAAUAACAAUAUUAAACAUUAGUAAAUGUGCCUUAUGAACAACAGUAUGCACCAUGAAC